AUGUCGAACGCAGUCCCAACCAGACCGCCGAGAAGGUUUCAAUUCAUCGACAAUAGCGAUGUAGCUUCCAUGAGAACCCAUUCGACUCAGGUUCGACGUCAUGUCAUGCAAGAAUACAUGAGAGAAAAAAGGUGGGAAGCCCGGUCUAAGGCUGAUGAGGGCGCCGAAGGUGCUCUCCAAACCCAAAAAAGACCUGCCAAACCACGGUCACAAACUCCAGCUAGCAAAGCGCGCUCGAGGAGCGGAAACAUCGUGAGCCUCAAACCACCCAAUUCAGAGAGCGGCAAGUCAUCCAGAACGACUUCAGAUGAAAAGGAUGUAGAUCGCGCCAGUGACGUUGAGGAGGUUGUCCGUUAUGGGCCUGAGCGUCCUCCAGCUCCAAGGAAAUUGAUGAGCUCUUUCCGCUUGGGGUCAGCGUCUUUUGCCAGGCUUGCAAUGAUGACACCUCCUGCACUGUAUUCUCCUCCUGCUACCAUCUCGUCUGGCAACUCUGCCGCUUCUCCCGACACGUGGACCUGGCCGUAUGAUGCAACUGCCAUGCACAGUCCAGAGCCGCAGUCGAUUCUGAGUGCAGCUCGAACCGACCCGUUCGACUGCCUCCCGAUGAAACUCAGCGUACAGGAUCAGGAGCUCUUCGACUUCUAUGCCAACGUCAUGCCCUCGUGUUCGUAUGGAUUUGAGAGGCGGAGCCCACAUGCUCACAACUGGUACCUGUCAGUUUUCAUCCCGGAGGCAAUGAAAGGGGCCGUCUGCUUCCAAAAUACAAUCCUCGUGCAUGCGGCUAACACCCAAGCCUGGGCCAAAGGGCUCGCUGAAACACCACUUGCUAUCGAACACCGAGCGAGAGCCUCCCAAUUGCUUCUCCAUCACUAUCAGCAGUAUCCCCACGAUACUUCGGACGCAACAAUCUCUGCCACCCUCUCUGCUGCAGCCUUGGAGGAUUUUGACCCUCGUAUUGAGCGGCGCAGGUAUGCAUGGAUGCACUGGCAGGCAGCGGUACAAAAGAUCCGAGAUCGAGGUGGUCCUGCAGCCUUGGUUCAGCACAACAGGCUACAAAUGCUGAUCAACUGGUCUGACUAUAUUUUUUCUGGAUACAACGCCCAUGGCGCCACGUUUUAUUUCGACUACCAGUCGUCCCCCUGCCACUUGAAUGAACAAGAAGCUGAAGCUAUUGCUCGUGCAGAGAUUGCACAACAGUGUAAUGAAUUUAUCACGUUCCUCAAAUGUGCAGAACAUCUCGCGCUUGAGCAGGCCGGUAUGAUGACCAACCCCAUCUUGAGGAACCAGCAACCCCUACGCUACACUGUCUUUCUUCCUGGGCAACCGCUCUACAACCUUCUAGCCAGCCCCAAUGGCCCACGCUAUACUGAGACCGGACAGUUCAAGCAGAUAAUUUCCAGAUUGGCGGCUCUGAUGAUGAUAAACAAGGCCGUCUGGGAAUAUCGUCACUCUACGGAGUUCAGUGAAGGGUUCUUGGUGGAACUCGUUGAAAACAUAUUGCACAAUGACCUGGAUCAGUACAUCUCGGUGGAAGCGCUCAUACAAAUCUUGUUGAGCGGCUGUAAGGAUCCCCUGUUGUCGCAUACUGAGCGACCCUGGUUUGUAGGCCGGAUGGUGAAAGUGUCCAAACGGUUGACGCGACCAACCUUUGAAAAGCUGAAUGAGUUGCUAUUGCGUUUUCUGACACUCGGGCCAGAAUUGGAGCCGGUCGUGGUAAGCUGGGAAACCGAGCUACGUGCCGAAAUCAUACAAGCGCCUCUUGUCAGCUACCAGUCAAGGUUUAUGCAGGGAUCGGCUUGA